CAGCGUUCACUAAGACAGUCACAAGUCUUUCAACUAGAUCCCUUGAGAGGAAAAGAUGUCUCUGAGAUCCUUGACAGCGGCAGACAACAAGCUAUCUCUGGUGCAAUUCUUCGGGGCAUUACUGACAUUCUUAAUGGUCCUGAACUGGAUUCCAGCCUGAGGGAUUGGCAACUAGAGAUAACAAGGGUAAGUUAAUAAUUUAUUGACAUAUGUACCCAAUUUGUUUCCAGGAAGAAAGACUCUGUCAAGCAAGACAAAAAUCGGAAAUGUUCUUUUUAAUAUCUUGCUAGAAACAAAGUAGACCUUUCCCGUACACCUUUGAACAAAGCAACAACAUGAGGCUCCAGUUGAUGAAAUACAAAGUACAUUGUUUUGUAUGAAAGUGCCCACCCAGUCCUUGACCUUAUUAAGUACGGUAUGUGUUCCCACUGAACUGGAAUUCAGGGACUACUUUGGUCUACAACAUUAAAAAUUGUCAAACAUUUACAAGUGUCAUUGUCAAAGAAGUGCAUAAGGCUGUCACCUGCAAAAUUAUACAGUUGGCUUUUAAGGCAAACAUUUCUCUGCAAAAUGGUAUAUAUGUAGUUGCCGCCUAGAUUUUGAAAGCUGAAAAAAACUGAAAAGAGAAGAAAGUGUGAUCAAUAGGAUAGGCACAAGGCAAAAGGACAAAGUGGGGAUGGGUAGCCUGCAGUGCAGCCAGCCCACACACUCGUCUUAUAAACCAAAGUUUAGAGUGUCUGUGACACAGGCAAGGGAUAGGGAGGGGAAGAAAAAAAUCAAAUCAAUGAUAACAAUACUUCCAUCUAUUUUCUGGCUUGUCUUUCCUGACCGUGCCUGCUUGAAUCCCUAUCUUGUGACUCUUGAAUCCUAGUGUGGCCUGUGCUCCUGCUACCGCAGGCUUUAUUAAGUAGGGUGUUUUAACGUCGACGACGGCUACGGCAGUGAAAACGUCACUUUUAAAAUUAAUUAGUGUUUUUCAAACUUCAUCACAUUUAUUCCAAUUCACUGAAAAUAUCUAAUGUAGGCAACUUUCCCUGGAGAUGAUUUCUUGGGGACCACAUUUAAGUUUAGAAAGAGAAAGAAAUUUUGUCGCUUGUUUACUUCCUCCACAAGAUGUGAAAUUAGGCAUUUUCAUGUCGUAGUCAUGCCGCAAUGGCAAAGAAAUGUACAAAAAAGCGUGAUGCAUGUGCAAACUUGUUUUUUUGCUUAAUAAACCUAUUGCUGUUUUGAAGUUCUUGUUGCCGUCGCUGUCGUUGUUGCUAAAACUCCCUGGUGAGAGUGCUAUUUUGUUAACUAAAUUGUUAAUUCUUUCCUUUUCAAGGUGAGAGUGACCCCAGAUCUUGGGUAUGCAACAAUAUACUGGGCAGUUUCAGGUGAAUCAAAAGGUGAUGUUGAAACUGUUCAAAGCCUUUUGGAUGAGAACACAAAUUACAUAAGGUAUGUAUUUUUACCCCAAAGCUUUGAAAAUCGAGGGAUUUUAAUGAAAUUUGCAUUAAUCUCAUUACUCUCCUAGCUUCAUGGCAAUACCUCACAUUGGAGAAAGUCCAUGUGUUGAGCAAAGCUUCAUGUUUUAUAAGAAAACAUCCUCAUAACAUACUAUGGUUAUUUUGAGCCUUCAAAAUAAUUGUCACCUUGCUCCCACACUGUCAUAGAAAUACUUUGGUCUCACUUUUCACCUUGCCUCUUGUGAGGUGAACUUUAAUGUAGCCUGUGAAUAACAGGCAUUCAGAUAGUAGGGAUGGUACAUGCAAAGAGAAGUGCUGCACUCCACUUAACUCCUAGAAAAGGCUUGAACAGGCAUUAUUUCUGCCUUCCUCAGGCAAGCAAAGGCAAGGGUGAAGAGAGCAAUGAGCACUUUGUUUUGAUUGUUGUUCACCCAAAAAAAUGCAAAAAAUAGCACCUGUUCUGCAGACUUACUCUGUGUGAUAAGGCAGACGAUUCAUUGUCUUUUUGAACAAAAGAUAACCUCAAUUUGUACAACUAUGUUUGUUUUUAGGAGGCUGCUUCCUGCUUACUCUUCCUUAGCCCGCUUUCCCCAGCUCAUUUUCACUAAAGACAACAGUGCAGAGUAUAAAGCAGAAAUGGAG